AUGUAUCCAGGUAUAAGUACAGAAGUUUUGGAUGAUACUGGUGAAUUGCACAAAAAUACAUACAACACAAAUUAUUAUCCGGCAGUUCAUAGUGAUUGUGAAAAUGUAGAUGUAAAUCUUUACCAGUGUUUAUUGCCUUCUUGCACAUACUAUCCACAUGAUGACUACCCAAGAGAUUUGAAAUAUGCAGAAAACGUUUAUGGAACAUAUUGUCCAUUGAUGGAAUCAUACCCAUUCAAUCCUAAUUUGGGCCAUUUAACCAGCUACAGCAUCGAGGAUUAUAAUCGUAACAACACAUAUGAUCUUAAUAACAGUUUUAAUUGUAAUAAAAACUGUGAAUUUGUAUUGGAAGAUAAUAACAUGCUAUUAAAUAUUCCCGAUUCCAAUAACGCAUUUGACUACAACCAGUCAGUUGAAUGCCUCAACAAUCUAUAUGAAACACAAUUUUUACCCCAAUUGGCAAAUAAUUGUAUGCAUGAGCUAUAUGAAACGGCAAGAUAUGUCAAUGGAUGUGUUGACAAUUGUAACACCGAUCAUUUAAUAAGCACUAUGCCCUACCAAUCACAAGCGGUCCACUCCACUUUUAAUCACAAGUGUGAAUCGCCGGAUUCAACAGAUUCUGGAACCGAAUACGAAGACAUUGAUAUUAGUGAAAAUGGUGCUAAUGUUGAUUUUUUGCGUAUGAGUGAAAAAACUUGGAAGAGAUAUAGAUUAUCUGGAAUGUUUAAAUUGGGCAACAAGGGUAGGUCGCAACUUAAAUCUAAAAUCUCAAAAUACCUAAAACAACAUCCACAGCUAAGAAAUAGGGUAAAUAAAAUUUCAGGAGUUCGAAAGGCCACUACUAGGCAACUUUUUCAGUUGGCACAGAUUUGUGGUAUCAAAUCACAUCUUGCGCAACAUAUAGAUUAA